ACUUUACCAAAUGAUAAAGGGAGAGGGCAUAUUUAUUCAAACAUUGCUGAUAACAUUUACUGAUAAAUAUCAGGGCCUUGAAACUCGCUAGGAUAUACCGUAUUUUUAUAGUCUCGAAGUAGUUACAGUCCUUAAAUUCCACUAUUUUUGUUUCUUAAAGAAAACAUCUAUUUGUAGAAAAGGAGGAUCUCAUUAGUUAUUGUGACAUUAAAUAAGUCUGACAGCAAAGAAAAAGUACUCUAGAAGUUUGCACCAUUGUACAUUAUUGAUGUUCAUUUACCAGAGCUUGACAGAUUAAUCUGAUACAACUAAGAAUUAGUAUUUAAUAAAAAUAUUAUGAGGAAUAACUGAUACAAGGCAAAGAAUGAAGAGGUUCAAGUUAAUGCCUUCAGAACAGAUUAUAAUAGUGCUGCUUUAAGGUAAACUUAAGAGAUGAUGAGGACUGUUGUGGUUAUUUGGUAGGAGUUAGAAAAUGGUUGAAUAUAAAUGCCUUCUGAAAACAUAAGCUUGAAACACGCACAAGAAAAAGCAGUUGUAUGACCUUAAAAAUGGAUUUGUAAAUUUGACGUUUUCUCCUUUCUUUAGAAAUAUCAAAAACUGUCUUUACAGGAAUAUUCACCAGUGUUGUAGACCAAAGUAACCUGAUGUGUUUAGCUGUGAAGAUGCAAGAUGUAAGCUACCGGAGUAGAAUCUCUGCUUCCUUGAUGCUGAGACUGAGUGAGAGGAAAGGUGGUAAUGUAGGUGGGGAGUAUACAUGUAAGGUGCUAUUUGUAAUCCUGUAGUGAUAUAAGGUGCCUUUAUGAAGUCACUUACUGAAGACUUUGACUAAUAUGUUGUGCAUAUCACCUAUUUCACUUUUAUCAGAUUUAUUUAUUCCUAAUAAAUUUUCUCAAAGGCACAAAUAAUUGUAGUAAUACUGUUUUUAUAUGUGAAUUUAUUUCAUGCAGGUGAUCCUGUACAGGUGGAUACAUCUUAUUUUAAAGAACGUACUGCACUUGAGACUGCUAAAAGGGCACAGCCUAAUGGCUACUCUCCUACAAGUCUGUUACUGUGGUAAGGGCUUAGUCUGAAUUAUAUUUUGUUUUAGUCUUAUGGCCAUAUAAAAAAUAAGUUGAGGAAACAAAAGCAUAUGAUAGAAAGUGAUAAAGAUCUUGAAAUAUUUUAGAGAAGAAUUUUACUCACAAAAGAAGCUUCAAAUUUCUUUAACACUCAAAGACCUGGUAAAAGGAAAGAUAAAAUUCAUUUUGGCUUAACUCUAAUUAUUUGUCUCUUUCAAGAGGGCAGAGCUUAUAUUUAUAUUUUAAAAAUUAAUUAAUUAAAAAUACUGGGGGUAUUGAACCUCAACCAAAACUGAAAGAAGCAAUACCUAUACCAAAGAGGUCAUUUUUACUUUUGCAUAACUUUCUCCUUUGCUUCUAACACAUCCCCCCUCAAACACAAAAAAUGUGCCCUUGAAGAUUAAAAACUAUAGCAGUUACUGUCUGUUAAAAUAGGAAUGGGUGUUCAUGUUUUAGUUUUUUAGUUUUCAUUGUUACUGUUGUGGUUUACUUUCCAUUAUGAAGUUUUGUGUGGUAAUGAUAGAAUUUGAAUCAAGCUGAUAAUGACUAAAAACGUUUUCUACUGUGACCAAAUGAGUGCUAUUUUUUAAGUUUUGUCUUCAUAUUUUAUAUCCUUACAGUGCAGUCCAGGUUGGAACAAGUCAGUUUUAUGACUUCUGUUUCAACCAGUAUCUUUAUGAUAAUUGCUGCCUCUCUCUUUCCGUCUGAGUGAAGAAAAAGUUAUUAAGCAUAAAAAAUAAUAACAAAGUUAAAAUAGUCUAAAUAGUCUGUCAUGUAACUUCUAAUACUUGUUUACUGUGACAGUUGUUCGCCUUUUAUCUUCUCCAAUGUCUCUUUGAAGAAAUAGAAUGUUAAAAAUGUUUUAUGAUUGGAAGCAUGUAAAAGGGAGUGGUGAGCAAUAACCCCUCUGCAUACCAUGAUAAAAAUUACUCUUCUGCCUGGUCUUUGACAAUUUACAUGGGAAUUCUUCAUCAUGAGCAAGAGCAAUGAAUAAAAUACUUAAUUAUGUAACACUUCUUCUAGUUUAAUUAAUCACUGUUACUGAUUAAUAGCAGUUGUGCAGUACUAAGUAUUUUCUGAAGCUCAGUUAUCUUGCAGAUAAACGCUGAAAGAAUAAAAAAAAAUGCCCAAAGUAACUUACUUGUAGUUUUCAUUAUGAAGUAUAAUGAAUUUGUUUUUAUUCACUGCUAUUAACUUUUAUUGAUCUUAUAAGCAGUUUAUGGGAGUCCAGUCAUGUUCUGCAAACUAAGAAGACAUUAAGAAUGGUAAAUGCCGGGGGUGUUGCAGAAGUGCCUCAUGUGAUACCUUCUAUUCUCAGCAUAGGCUAAAAUUAGAACUAGAGUGACAUUGCACUGGAGUCUGAGUGAGAGUUCCAAAUGGUUUUGAUAGUACAAGCAAAAUUUGUACCUUACCUAGGCUCUUGCACAGAAAGCAAUGAGUCAUGGAAAAUCUUUGAAAGCCAAAUAUUUGAGGAAAAGAUGAUUUUAAAACAUUAGCCUGAUUUGAUUUGGAUCUUGACACUCGGGAGGUCUACAAGAUGGCAAAAGAGAUGUGAAGAGUAUGAGAAGUCUUUUUUAAAAAGGUGAUACAAGCACUAAGGCGCUGAAAUUCACAGUUGGAGUCCUGUGAUUGAACCUGAACAUGUAAGAAUCAUGACUGAAACUGCUGUUUGCAUUGGAUCAUUCACUGCUGUGAAGACACUUUGGGAAGUGAGAAUACAGAAGAUAAAUGAAGAAUUACGGAAAGAAAAGGAAUUCAGAGAGAGGUCUGCAGGAAGGUUACUGCUUGUCUGGGAGGAGAGAACCACUUUAGCAAAACUCAAAGAGAAAGUAGUUAAUGAAGAUGGAAGAGCAGUUUUAAGGAUAGAGGAAGAAGAAUGGAAGACAUUACCUUCCUGCUUAUUGAAAUUAGUCCAUCUCCAAGAAUGGCAGCUUCAUAGAACUAGCUUGCAGAAAAUUCCUCAGUUUGUUGGAAGAUUUCACAAUCUCGUUGUUCUCGAUCUAUCCCGGAAUUCAAUAGAAAGCAUACCUAAAGAAAUUGGCCAGCUGACUGGCCUCCAAGAGCUGCUUCUCAGUUACAAUAGAAUAAAGUCUGUUCCUAAGGAAAUAAGUAAUUGCAUCAGUCUGGAAAGAUUGGAACUGGCUGUCAACAGGAAUAUCAGUGAUCUUCCUCUGCAGCUAAGUGAUUUAAAGAAGCUUUCACACAUAGAUUUGUGUAUGAAUCAGUUCACCGCCAUCCCUUCAGCUCUUCUGAACAUGCCAAAUUUAGAAUGGUUAGAUAUGGGAGGAAAUCGACUCCAGAAGCUUCCUGAUGCUAUUGACAGAAUGGAGAAUCUCCAUACUUUGUGGCUCCAAAGGAAUGAAAUUAACUCUUUGCCAGAAACCAUUGUUAAUAUGAAAAAUCUUAGUACUCUUGUUCUUAGCAACAACAAACUUAAGGAUAUUCCUUCUUGUAUGACACACAUGACGAAUCUGAGAUUUGUCAACUUCAGAGACAACCCACUGGAGUUAGAGAUAACACUCCCUCCAUGUGAGAAUACAGAAGAAGAGGAGCAACAGGAAAUGUUCGGCAUUGAAUUCAUGCACAUGUAUAUCCAGGAGUCACUGAAGAAAACAGGAAAUGUGGAAAGCCGCACUUCUGAUGCUUCUCCUAUCAUAACUGCUAAUGAUGAAGGAACCUAACUGUAAGUAGAAACUAUCAAAAGAUGCUUCUUCCUAACAAUACGGCUUGCAACUAGUUUCAAGUAUUCUUAGGGAUUUCACUUUUCUAGUAAUGAGAACUGCUUUGCAUAUUUUUAAUUUCCAGUCAAACUGGGAAAUAUAAAACCUUUUCUUGGGGUAAGAAAGAGUAAAACUGGUUUUCUGUAAGCACCAAAUCUGCUUUUUAUACAAUCCAGACAGAUUUUGUAGUUUUUCUGCCAGUUCCAAAUCUGCAUCUUGUCACGUCGUUGUCUCUGGGACAGCUGUCAACAGGACAUUCUCCAAGGACACAGAGGAAUCUGUAUAGUGCUGUAGUGCAGCCUUGUAUCCUCGAUGUUGUAAAUAUCUGAUCCGUCCGUGAUCAAUCACAAGUUUACAGAGGGAACCUAUCUCCUUCCGCUCUUCAACAGUAAGGAGCCUAGUUUCACAGAGAGGGAAAAAAAAAACAACACAACAGAAUGUGUUAGGAGAAUAAUUUUGUUAAUUAACAUUAGCAGUUGAACUUAGAAAGACUACUAAAAUCAGUAUAUUUUCACUUCAAAUCAGGCAAGCAUAUGUAAAUAUUUACGUUCAUGAAAAUUCUAUUUAUAAAGUAGAAUGUUUCUAUAGAAUAAGUAAUUAUAUUGCUUCUGUAAAAUGAGUUAUUUCAGAGACCCAAACCAAUUUCAUGUUCCAAUAUCCAUAAUUCUGAUUUUUGUAAGAGUUUUUAUGCUAGAAAAAAAAAAGAAAUCACAUACCCUUGUAGAGCAUCAGAACCAGUCCCUGUUUUACUGUAUAUUUGGUCAUGCUCUUCUGUGUUGGUAGUGUGAUCUUCACUUUCUUCAUUUGUAGAGGCUUUGGUUAUGGUUCCUCUCAUGCCACAAGUGGCCCAGCUACUCAUCCUUUGAAAAUAAUGAAAUUCUACUGGUCCAAGUCCUACUGAUCUAAAGAACUCUCUGCCUACAUAAUGUGUCCAGUCACAUUUGUGAUGGCAACACAGCGCAAUAACAAUUCCAGCUACAGGCUUAAAGUCUUCUUUGUUCCUUUCAUUGUCAUCAUCAUUUGAACUGUUAGAAGCUCCUUCUGCCUUAUUCUUUGUACGUUUUGGUGCAGGCUCUUCAUCUUCUUCAUUACAGCAAGUUGCAUAACUUUCUACCAAACAUCUCAAAGCAAGAUCUGGGAAAAAAAAAAGAAAAAAAAAAAAGAGAAAGAUACAGAAAAUAAGAGCAAUGAAUGUACACCUUGCCUUCACUUACAUAGGCUAUAUGGCUGCUGGGAACAUGCUUCCCUCAAAGAACGAAAGUGCAUCACAAGCCAAAAAGCAACAACUUUGAGGAUAGCUAAAAAUAAGCAGCAUACUGUGAAAGGAUGAAAACUUCAUAUGCUAAAUGAAUAUUAUGAGUCCUGCACAGCUAUUAAGUUCUUAUUCUCUUCAGUCUUUCUUCUACCCCAAUCAGGCUGAAAUAUUUUGAUUACCAGACUGGCAUACUUAUCCUUCUUUAGAAAGCAUGCAAAUAUUGCUCUAAAAGUUUCACAUCCAGGACACACUCUCUUUAAUAAAUAUGCUUCUUAAUGUCCAAA